ACCUCGCCUCCGAAAAGCGACGAGCAGAAGAUGAUCGAGAGGGGAAUGGAGAGCUGCACCUUCAAGUCUUUGCUGGCCUGUGUGGGAGGGUUUGUCCUUGGAGGAGCUUUUGGUAUUUUCACAGCUGGAAUUGAUACUAAUGUUGGCAUCGACCCCAAACACCCUUUGAGAACUCCAACAGCACGAGAGGUUCUAAAAGACAUGGGCCAGAGGGAGAUGUCCUAUGCCAAGAACUUUGCCAUUGUGGGCGCCAUGUUCUCCUGUACAGAGUGCAUCAUAGAAUCACACAGAGGCAAAUCUGACUGGCAGAAUGCUGUGUACAGUGGUUGUGUGACUGGAGGAGCUAUUGGCUUUCGCGCUGGUCUGAAGGCUGGUGUUCUGGGAUGUAGAGGCUUUGCUGCAUUCUCUGCUGCAAUUGAAUAUUACUUGCGGUGA